CUCUUCAUUUCGCGUCGCGUGUUGACUUAAGCUGACUUGAUCGUGUGUGCUCACGCGACCUGUUUCGUGGCGUUGAUAACGCGCCUCACUUGAUCAACAGGUCUGGGAGUGGGUUGAUAGUGUUGGUGUGUUUUGGGUUGCAGAUCGUCGCGGUGUGCUGGUUUGGACGAGUGCCCAAAAAUUUGACAACAUUUAGUCUCGCGCGGGAAUCACCGUAUAGUCAGUCGGCCGAUCGUCGUCAGUGUGAGUCUGGUUUUGCUCGUAAGGUCUGCGUGUAAACAAAGUGCGAAAGGAAAUAACAAUAACACACAAAACUGCAAUAAUGGUCACGGCGAGACAUGUUUGGCUGUAGGAGGUGUCCCGAAAUCUGCGUAUUCCAAGUGUCCACAAGUCGCGACGUGUCACGCUUGGAGGGAGAGAUCGCCUUGAACUCGCGAUUCGAUUCGAUUCGUCAACUGGUGGUGGUCGUGAUGUGAUUAGUCAAGUGCAAGAAAGCUGUUAUUUCAUCGCUAGGAAUGUAAAAAUAUAACACGCCAUCGUCAGAGCCAAGUGAUAAAGGUGCAUCAAGUUCUAAGUGGUUGAGCCAACUGUUGGGGUGCACUUGUACAGAGCUCGAAGCUGCUGAGUUGCUGAUUAUUCCUGGAUUGCCAUAAAUUGCUCGGAAUGGAUCAUUUGUGCGUGGACCUGGUCGGGGGUGUGAAGUGAACGAUGAAAUUUGGCAGCCAUAAACGGAGAAGGAGAAAAUAAAUUGUGGCAUUUGUGCUUAAUAAUGUGAACCUCGUACAAUUUUGUGAUGAAUUGAAAGUGCUUAAAAUAUUUAUAUGUUCUGGCUGUGAUAGAUGAUUUCCUUUAUUGCGUUCGAGAGUAGGUGAUUUCAACAAAGAAGACUCGCGAAUAGCUCCAGAUUUUAUCGCUAAUAUCUACCAUUUCACACCUUGAUUCGCGGGGAAUAUUCGUUAUCAAUAGAAAAUGUGUCGCUGUUGUCAGAGCUGCUGGGAAGAUUUCUACUGGAGCUGUUUUGAGGAACGAUUCUGCUACGAUGAAACUAUCGCUCACUACGAUCCCGAGGAAGACGAGUAUGCGGUGAAGAAAAAGUCCACAAAUGGUUUCUACAACUCGGAAGACUCAUUAGAGAACAAUAACGCUCCAAUUUGCCGACAGCCGGCCAGUUUCGGGCGAAAUAAUUCGUUAAGCUCAAAAGUCCACGAGGAUGACCUGCGGCGGGAGAUUCAAACCAACGUGCCGAUGCUGGCGCCGGAAGUGCUGGCGGUGUUUGCGAACUCGCAAAUCUUCCAGGAGCAAGCCCCAACGAAACCGGCCGUCAAGAGUCCAACCUCGGUGAAGUUUGCCAUCUCGCCGGACUCGCCCAUCUCGGCGGUGUCACUGGACGCCAACACGUCCACCCCGAAAACGUCACGAUCGGGCAGCGAGGUGGCCACUCGGGAGGACGAUUCCAAUAAGCUGCUCAAACGGCUCGAAGGAUCCCAAAGCGAGCUCCGCCCGACUCGAUUCGGCAGUCGCAUUAUUCCGGAGAUUGUGGAGGAAACUAACGACGACAUUGACGAAGUGGUGCUGCGUCCCCCGCGGAACCUGAUCGAGGCGUCAGCGUCGUUCGCCGGCUCGACGGGGGUGAUCAACAAGAACCUUUCGCAUCUGCAGGCCGAACAGCCAUACUUUUCAACUCGACCCGCCAGUGAAAAUGACAUUUUCACCAUUUCUUCGGCAAGCAAUUACAACGCCAUCAGCAUGACUCCGGAAGUGCCGGCCAUUUCGUUCUCCAAUCUACCCAAGAACUACUUGGAGACUCCGACGGUGGAAAAGUACCGCGAAUCGGUCAGUCUGUACUCGAUACAGACGGCGGGAAUUUCCACCGUCAAGGAAGACUACUCGAUGCCGAGAUAUUACCGCAAGUCGGACAUGAUCGUGAACAGUGCCGAUCGGAGCAGCAAGGAUCUGGACGAGGUGGGACCGAUGUCGGUUUCCAGCUCGGCGAUUACACCGGGACCGCUCAAGCAGGUCGAGAAGAGCAAACGGUUGAAGAACAUUCGAACGGCGCUUCCACCACUUAAUUUGCAGCUGAUUAGAGGACACUCGUCUUCUAAUUUGAAGGAGAAGGAGAAAGAGGCCAAGGAUAAGGAGAAACUUAAAUCAAAAGACAGUAUUAAAUCGUAAUGGAAGAGCCAUGCUACUUAAGUCACUUUCCAGUGCCAGAGAUAUACAGUUGUACCGUGGAAUCUAAAGAAGCGCAGAGCAGCUUAUGUUGAGGUGGAGGAUAUUUUUUGAUUCCGCUUAUUAAACAUUGAUUUUUAUACAUAAACUUAAUGCUGUACAUAUCAUUUUAUUGUUAUUUGUUUAAUAGUUCAUUCAGGUAGCUAAAGCAAGAAAGUGCCAAUUUCUUAGAUAAUAAAGUAUUACUGAUUAAACAUU